ACUUUUAUUUUGAUACAUGGGGGUAGCAUGAACGCAGGCCUUUUCCUUUUCUCCGUUCAUAAUCUUUUGCCGUUUCCGCUAAACUUCCUUUCCGGCAGCGGCUAUUUCUUCGCCAACAUGCCACUCGCAAAAGACUUGUUGCACCCUACCCCCGAGGAGGAGAGGAGGAGGCACAAGAAGAAGAGACUCGUCCAGAGUCCCAACUCUUAUUUUAUGGACGUGAAAUGUCCAGGUUGUUACAAGAUCACGACGGUCUUCAGCCAUGCCCAGACAGUGGUGCUGUGCGUAGGUUGCUCGACAGUGUUGUGCCAGCCCACUGGUGGCAAAGCCCGGCUCACAGAAGGUUGCUCUUUCAGGAGGAAGCAGCACUAGCCAUGUGGUGACCCACAGGAGACUGAGAGAUGGAGGGUGGACCGCUGCAGCGCUGGGUAUCGGGACUGAACCAGCUGCACCAGGCCCGGCCCACCUCCUGCAUCAGCAUCAUCACCACGCGCUGUCCGCUCUCUUGUCUCAAUAAAGAAACAUUUGGCUAAUA